UUAAACCCAGAAAUAUCAUCAAGAAUGACCGGUUCUGGUUCUCCUUGCGGAGCCUGCAAGUUCUUGAGGAGAAAAUGUGUAAAGGGUUGUAUUUUUGCACCUUAUUUUUGCCAUGACCAGGGUGUUAACCAUUUUGCUGCAAUCCACAAGGUUUUUGGCGCAAGCAAUGUGUCGAAAUUGCUUGCUCAUCUUCCGGUGAGUGAUCGUUGCGAAGCCGCGGUCACAAUCUCUUAUGAAGCUCAAGCUAGGCUUCAAGAUCCCAUUUAUGGAUGUGUUUCUCAUAUUUUCGCCCUCCAACAGCAGGUUGUAAGCCUGCAAGCUCAAUUGGCUUCCAUGAAAGAACAAGCAGCUCAAAGCUUUUCUAGUGGCUCUGCUUUUGCAAACCCUAAUGGAAAAGUACUCUAUGGGAAGCUUCCUUUUUCUCAGGCACCACAAGAUUGGUUUGAGCCGGAAAACAAAGAAACUGUGCCACAAUUCAAUCCUAAUCUCGCCGCUAACUCUGCCACCAUGACAUAUCAUGGAAACGGGGUUAUAAAUCCAAAUUCUAUGGAGAUUAAUUAUGAAAACUCAGUGAAAAUCCCAGACGAAAAUGCCUCAUAUAGAAGCUUUGAGGAGGUUUCUUGUUUCGACAUGCAAAUGAACAACAGGCAAUAUUGCAGUUUUCAGGAAGCAGAUGAACUUCAAUCCAUGGCUUUCGGCUAUAUUAAUCAGCAUUCAUAAGGGCUUUCAGUGCAAGAGUUCUGUAAUAUCGGUCGGUGAAAGAAGAUUUUGGAUACUUUGAAGCUUGCACUUUUUGUUGCUAGGAAUAAGUUUAGAAAC